UUUCCUCUUCCGUAGAAGUGACUGUACUGGAGUUGAGCGGUAUUAGUUUUUAUUUUUCGGACUGUUUUUGCUCAUAAAGAGGAUUUAGAGUGUCUUUUAUGAGUAAUCAAAGGCAGCAGAAGCCUACGCUUACAGGCCAGCGUUUCAAAACUCGCAAAAGAGAUGAAAAGGAGAAGUUUGAGCCUUCCCAGUUUCAGGAAAACAUCGUACAAGGUCUGAACCAAAGUGGCACUGAUUUGGAAGCUGUCACUAAGUUCCUUGAUGCCUCUGGUGCCAAGCUCGACUACCGACGCUAUGCCGAGACUCUGUUCGACAUCCUGGUGGCUGGCGGAAAGCUGGCCCCAGGUGGUACCCUGUCAGAUGACGUGACCUGCACUGAGUUCUGUCUCUUCAAAGCACAAGAGGACAUGGUGACCAUGCAGGCAUAUGCCCAUGUCUUUAACAAACUCAUCAGGCGUUACAAAUACUUGGAGAAAACGUUCGAGGAGGAGAUUAAAAAGCUGCUGCUUUUUCUCAAGGGCUUCACGGAGUCUGAGCGCAACAAGCUGGCCAUGCUAACAGGCAUUCUGCUGGCCAACAACAACCUCUCUGCAGCCAUUCUCAGCAGCCUCUUCAACGAGAACCUGGUCAAGGAAGGUGUUUCAGCAAGCUUUGCUGUAAAACUCUUCAAAUCCUGGCUUUCUGAAAAGGACAUCAACUCUGUCUCUGCCAGUCUCCGAAAGGUUGGCAUGGACAGCAGGCUCAUGGAGCUGUUCCCUGCCAACAAGCGCAGUUGUGAGCACUUCUCAAAGUACUUCACAGACGCAGGGCUCAAGGAGCUUUCGGACUUUGCCAGAAACCAGCAGUCCAUAGGUGCUCGCAAGGAGCUGCAGAAAGAACUCGAGGAGCAGAUGUCACGUGGGGACCCCCUCAAAGAUAUCAUCGCCUACGUCCGUGAGGAAAUCAAGAAGAACAACAUCUCUGAGCAGACGAUGAUUGCACUAAUUUGGUCCAGUGUAAUGAGCUCGGUGGAGUGGAACAAGAAGGAAGAGCUGGUCACAGAACAAGCCAUCAAACUUUUAAAGCAAUACAGCCCACUGUUGAAGGCUUUUACCUCCCAGGGCCUCUCUGAACUCACUCUCCUGCUGAAGAUCCAGGAGUACUGCUACGACAACAUCCAAUUCAUGAAGGCCUUUCAGAAAAUUGUUGUGCUGCUCUAUAAAGCGGAUGUCUUGAGCGAGGAAGCAAUUCUGAAGUGGUACAACGAAACCCACAUUGCCAAAGGGAAGAGUGUUUUCCUUGAACAGAUGAAAAAAUUUGUUGAAUGGCUCAAGAAUGCAGAGGAAGAGUCCGAGUCUGAGGAGGAGGAGGCCGACUAAGGACCUCCAGCUACAACUACCAUCUUGAUUUGUAUUUUUACAUUAACAUAGCACCAGAUGCAGUAGAAAGACUUUACAAAACAUUACAAAAGUCUGUCUGUAUGUUGUUUCGUUUUUUCCUUCUCUUUUCCCUACCUCCUAAUAUCUAGUUCAACUGUAAUGUAAGGGCUUUACUAUUGUUUUAAUUUCCUAAAUUUUCUGUCUGAACUAAUACUUGUACUCUUCUUUAUACACCGGGAGCUGGUCACAGUGCCACAUUUAACUAUAUAGAUGGAAACCCCUCUGAUGUAACUAAAGGGUUUUUUUUUUUUUUUUUGUUUUUGUUUUGGAUGAACGGGUCCCUUUAAAAUUAGCCAGUUUGGAGGCAUAUUUCACAGCCAUUGUAUUUAGUCAUGGAACUCUUAUUUGCCAGAGGUCCAUCUGUGUAGCCAUGAUAUCUUGGUCUUCUGAAAAGCAAAUGGUUUUUGUAGUCUCAUUUUACUUUUCUGCCGAUUAUGCCACCAUGAAUUUUUUUCCCGUUUUUUAGAUUCUGUCUUUAUAUUGGUGAUGGAGAUGUGCCAUUUCAAACAGCAAUGGUGAUGGUUGCAAUGCCCUAUAAAAAUGAAUUGUUCUAUACAUCUUGUAUAACAGAACCAUUCAAGUAUUGUAUUUUUUUUCCUUUACCAUACAGUUUGACUUUUUUAAAUAAAGGGAAAUUAAUGGUUUUCA